CACUAAUAAUGCUGCUCCGCCAGCCGCUAAUUUUAACCAUUCAUUUUCCGGCUUAAUUUCUUCCCAUUGGAGUGAUAAUUUAUUACUUUUAGCAAACUUUUCCGGUCUUCCUUCGUUGAGUUUACCGAUUGGUUUUAUAAAUGAUUUACCAGUAAGUAUUAAUAUAAAUAGUAAUUAUGGAAAGGAUGAAGAAGUUUUAGAAUUAGCCGAAAGUUUAGAAAAAUUAAAAAAAUAA